GCGCUACUUUCACCGGAUAUAGAAUUCACGGCGAAUAUGCAACUUGCCCGACUGACAGCUGCCGUCUCUUCCUUUCGAAACGUGGGAAACGUCAACUUUGGUUGGUGAUUUUCAUUCCGCUGAAAUUUUCUCACAUUUUUCUUAUUUCUAAUAAACAUGCCGCGUGAAAUCAAAGAGGUUAAGGACUUCUUGAUCAAAGCCCGCAGGAAGGACGCCCGCGCCGUCAAGAUCAAGAAGAACCCAAAUAACACCAAGUUCAAGAUCCGUUGCUCCCGAUUCCUAUACACAUUGGUGGUGUUCGACAAGGAGAAGGCCGAGAAAUUGAAGCAAUCUCUGCCACCAGGUCUGCAAGUGAAAGAAGUCAAGUAGAAGGUUCCAAUGGGGCGGGCGAACGACGUGUGACGCAUGAUGUCUGCGCUGUGCACGGGCGGAUGUGUUUUCCAUUAUAACUUGUUUUCUAUGGCUGCCAAGCAUUUCUAAAUAAAUGUGAAAGCUGGAGAAAA